GAUAAGAAUAAAGAAAUUGAUUAAUUUUGUUUGUUAGUGAUUAAGUGCAUUGAAUUUGACUUUCAAAAGCGUCAAAGUAUGUUUAAAAAGAUAACACGUAUUUGCAAGUAUGGUGAACUUACUUAACCACUAUUUGAAUAAGUAUAAAUGUGGAGUUAACAUAAAAAAUUUAAGUGUUUCACAUGCAGAACUUUAAUAUCUUUUGAAGGAAAUCGUGCAUGUCUUCUUUUUCUGGCUUUGUUGUUUUCUUUAAACGCCGAUUGAUGAAAAAAUAGAAUUAUUGUGUGCGUAUAAGCAAUCAGUUGAUGGAAAAUUAACAUUAGUUCUCCGCUUGGAUGGCAAUAUUUUCACAUAACUUUUUUCUCAGCUACAAAUUUUCUUAGUACUUGUAAGGAACAGUCAAGGAAAAUGAAUUUCUUGCACAUAUUAGCAAAUAUAGAUGCUUACCAUGCCAGUCUACUAGAAACUGAGAAUAAUAAAGAAAAAGCAAAAACUGCAAGCGGAGUUAGAUUUGCUGAUAAUGAGCACCCCAAAGGUCAACAGACGGAAGGUCAACAAAGAGAAGGUCAACAGAGAGAAGGUUUCCGACCGACGAGUGUACAGAGCGUGCACGAGUCUGUGAGUAAAGUAACCGAUAUACGGCCCAAAUCCGGCAAGAGCCUCACCUUCCAACUGGGCACGGGCAGAAUUACACCCGCUUUGUCUGUUUCCACCGCCGAAUUUAAAAUCAAAAAGCGAGAUGUUAGAACACCGGUGUCAGCCAGACGGGUGACAAUUUCCAGAGACGGGGCAACAAGUAGGGCUACGGCUGUUACUUCAACGAGAGAGGGAGCCAGAAGUCCGACCCCCAAUGCUAUUGGCGAUAUGGAAGCUGCAUUUCAUUAUUUAGAUGCGGAUAAAUUUGGUCUCUAUAUAUGGAGAAUACAGGGGUCCACCUUGCACGCGGUUGAGGAAGCGGAAUUCGGCUUUUUCCAUGAGGGAAAUACAUACAUUGUUCUAAACAUAAGCAGAGAUGGUGAAAAAUCGCUGCUUUGUUGGAAUGGCGGAAGUUGCAUUGAGAAACAUGCUAGACUAACAGAGGACAAAGCACAUGAACUUGACAAAAUAAUAGGGACUGCGCAUGUAUUUUCAAUAGAGGGACAGAGUCACGAAUCAACAGUUUUUCUCCGAUUGUUUCCAGAUGGUAUUGUAUAUAUUGAAGGUAAACACAAGACUAGCGUAUCAAAGGCGUCGUCAUAUGACAAAAAGAUGUAUAUCGUCUCUGGGAGGAAAUAUGCAAGGGCAGAAUGUGUUCAUCCAAGAAAGGAUCAUUUGACACCUGCAUCUGUAGUUAUUCUUGAUAACUUUCCAAGAAUUUAUGUCUGGAUUGGCCGAAACACUGGAUACACCCUACGCAACAAGGGCAUACGCAUUGCAAGAAAAAUACAGCAAAGUCAAAGACAGUGCAGAAGUCACCUUGUGAUAAUAGAUGAAACUGACGAUAACUUAAGUAAUGCGUUCAAAAAGAAGUUUGACGACCCUGUAAUUCCUAAUCCCGUCAAAGGUGAAACAGAUGAGCACAACAUCACAAAAGAUGAGGAAACACGCAUCGUCCUUUAUAGAAUCUCGGGGGAUCGAGUUCUUUACGACAUGCCAGAAGCCUCCAAGCGACCUCUACAUCAAUGUUACCUAACUAAGCGAGAUAGUUACCUCCUCGACAGGGGACCAGAUAAAACCAUGUAUAUAUGGGUUGGAUCACAAGCUAUGGAGGACAAUGUUCAUAAUGCUUUAAAAAGAGCUAAGUUAUUUUCAACGCAUAACAACUAUUCGAUGGGCAGCUCAAUAUGUAGAAUACGAGAGGAUCACGAGCCGCCAGACUUCAAACAGUGCUUCUGUGACUGGAGAGAAAGAAUUUCAAAGGAAAUGUCAUUAACGAAACGCUAUAGUGCAGGAAAUAUAGGACGUGCAUUAUUUUCCCGCACUGACAGAAGAACUAUAGCAACUGCAAAAGAGUGUUGGUCAGAGGACACCCUUGGUGACUUGAGAAAAACUACUCAGGUUUGGGUGCUGAACAACGAUAAAUUAGAGACCUGGGACCACACCGGACUGUUUACAAACAACAAGUGUUUCCUGCUUCUCCACACAACCAUAGAAAUGUCACAUUACCAAUAUAUUAUAUACUUCUGGAUUGGCAACAAAUCUUCAAUAGAAGAUCAAAAGAGAAUUGUAGAGUUAGUAGAAGAGAAAGACAAGGAACUAGAUAACAGAGCUGUUCAGAUUCGUGUCCUUGACCACCGAGAGCCUCAGCAUCUCUUGACAGCUCUGCAGGACUGGAUGAUUGUUUAUGAUGGUGAGGAAAACAGCAAUGCUGCGGAGGGAAGUACAAAAAUGUUUUGUGUCAGGGAUUUCGGUGAACGCGGCACCAGGAUACAACAGGUUGUUCCGGAUUGGGAAAACUUAAACAGUGCUGCAUCGUUUGUAAUUUUGGUGGAUAAUGGUGCAUAUCUUUGGUACGGCAAGGCAUCUGGUAGUACUGAAAGGGAAGCCACGAAAGAAUUACUGAGUAUAUUGUGUUCCUCUAGAAUGUUUUCAUACGAGAUUGUUAUAGAAGGGAAAGAGCCUGCUGUGUUUACAACUUUAUUUGGUGCUAGAAAGGUGUAUGCCGAUGAGUACAAAGAGAAGGUUUUAGGCAGGCGUCCACCCUGUAUGCUAUUUUACAGUGCUGAAACAAAACAAGCUGAUCUCAUAGAGGACUUUCAACAAGAGGAUCUCUCAGAAGAAGGUGUUUAUAUUCUGGAUACGUAUGACCAGAUAUUUGUAUGGUGUGGUGAAAGGGUUGACGCUGGCACAAGAACAACUUUGUUUGACAUAGCAAAGGAAUACAUACGCAACGACCCAGCCGGCAGAGAUUUCACGCUGGUCUCAGUGUGGGUCGUUUCCCAGAGAAGUGAGCCUUUUGCUUUCACUAAACAUUUCACUACAUGGAAUGCCCUCGGAUACGCAGGACGGCAUGCAUACGAAGUUCUUCGUAAACGAGUACGCCAGGAAAAUGCUAAAAUAGAUAUAAAUCAAAAUAUUAUUGACACAAGCUUUCUUGAGCAACCAAAAUAUUCCUACAAAGUGCUAUUAAAACAUGACUUGCCGCAUGAUGUCGACGACACGAGCAAGCAGAAUCAUUUGUCAGAGAAACAGUUUCGGGAGCAUUUGAAGAUCAGCAGACUCGAAUUUUACAGACUGCCGCUGUGGAAACAGAAACAGAUUUUGAAAUCAGCAAGACUUUUAUAUACCCCGACACUCACAACAAAACCUUUAGCACAUUCAGACUUUUGACAUUUCUGGAAGAUCAUUUAAUUCUGUAAGCUAAUCGUGACUACAAACGGGAAAGACGGAUAUAUAUGAAAUAGCAGCUAAUCAAAAUUUAUUUCAUUUGGAUCCAGUUGUGUCUCUCUAAAGGCAUGAGACUUAGUUUUGUCUGAGUCGACCUUCCGGCUCAUUAUGUUUCCGGAAACCUUCUGUUACAAUUUUAACGGUAGUUUGAGCAAACUUGGUGCAAAUAAGGCCUAGUUAGUAUCAGAUCUAGAUUAGCACAAUUUUAACCACAGUGGUCAAAUGUGGCAUAUAUUUAUCAUCAGGUCUAGUGUAACACAUUGUCAAACGGCUCCAGUUGAGGGUUUUUAUAUUGAUGUAAGAGGCCAAGAAUUUAUAAUGUUUUCAUUGCUCGACAACACUUCCCCCAUUUUUCACCAGGCUUUGAUCAAACUUGGUAGGAGUUAUCAGCGGCAGAUCAAGUUGUGUAGAUUAUUGGGGUGUUCUGGUUGACUGGUUUUCUUCAGUGCUUCCCUUCACGGAUAAUUACAUCUUGAAAACUUGGUUAGGAUGAUGAAAAAGUGCUGAUUAAGAGCUGUGUGUUUUUUUUUUAUUUCCAGCCAGUACUUUAAGCGGACCACAGGAGCCUGCAUGUAUUUCUUUGUAUAAGACAACAAAAGUUUAUAUACGACAUUAAGUGUGUUUUACAUGCAGUAUAUAGUGUGUACCAUCCUCUUUUGGUAAUAUACUGCUCCUGUGCUAUCUUUUUUCGUCAGAGACAUUUGGUACAAAUAAAUAAUACGUGACGUCA